CAACAGGGGUAUAUGAUCUCACGUGGAAUAACAGUACAGGAAUGGAAGAGCGGAUUGCGGGGAAAUAACAAAACAGUGAAAUACAACUGCAAAAGUUUUGUUCUCUAAAAGUUCUCGAAAAUAACUAAAGGAAAUAUCCACAAAUAUGUCCACGUCAAUAAUUCAAAUAACUGCAGAGCAAGUUCGUGAGGUACUUAACUGGAGGAUGGUGUGCGCAGCUGUAGAGGAAGCUAUGAAAUCAGUUUCUUAUUCGCAAGAAGAUCAAGAUCGGGAUGAACACGGCAGCCCACAAACCAGUCAACCUGCUCGUAGCAUGACAGUUUGUGGUGAUAAACAUAAUCUUUUACUUACCAUGCCAGCAUACGUCGGCAAUUACAGAUUGUCUUCAAGUACUAAUGAUGAAUCCACUUUAAAAUCUAGCACUAUAGCUUGUAAAGUCGUGACAUCCUUUGGAAAAAAUCCUGAACGCGCGAAUCCACUACCAAGAAUUAUGGCAAAUAUUCUUAUUUUUAAUACGGAAACAGGAAAACUAGAUUGCAUCAUGGAUGGAACAGAUAUUACUGCUUGGCGCACCGCAGCCGCAUCUUUAGUGGCCACAAAGUACUUAUAUUUUCCACGCUAUCCUGAAGGCAUUGCACGACCAAUCAAAGUGGCUAUAAUAGGUACUGGCGUUCAAGGCGAAAGUCAUGCACUUGGUAUGUGCUCCUAUUUCACAGUUAGUGAUAUUUAUCUGUGGAACCGAACUAGUACCAAUGCCGAGUCAUUGGGGAAAAAACUGCAAGCAGAAAUAGCAAACGUAAGAGUUCAUGUCUGCUCAACCGCAUCGGAAGCAGUUGCAGAUGCUGAUGUCGUUUGCGUAGGCACAUAUUCUUCUACACCUUUAGUUACACACACCAUGUUAAAGAAGCGCCAUGUUCAUAUUAAUACGGUUGGCGCUGGUCAAGUGCAUUUUGGCGAAGUUGGACCAGACAUUUACGAGAAUGGAAAAGUAUAUAUUGAUUCCUGGGAAAACGCGAAGAAAGAGUUGAAUGGAUUAAAAGCUGAGCUUAUUGGUGAAAUAGGAGAAGUUAUCAAUACAAAACAAUAUCCACUGAAUGACAAAAUAACAAUAUUUCAAUCGAUGGGUAUGGCUGCUGAAGAUGCAACAGUGGCGCAGUCGAUAUUUAACGCAGUUCAGUGCAAGAAAGAAUAGAAAACAUUCGGCCAAUUCUCAGAGGAUUUAAGAAUUUUUGCACUUAAAGAUAAAAGUAAUAUUAAUAAAACAUUUUGUUAAUGUGUGCUGCUAAAAAA